GAUGGCACAAGUAGGUCAACAACAACAACAACAAUUGGCCAACGAUACACCGAACCUGGACGCUGUCCAUUCGGCACUGAAAGCCGUACGGCUGUUACGAUGCAGUGUCGGCGAUGUAUUCAAAAGUUUGGCCGACUGUCCACUAGUUGUCAACGGCGCUAACGACAAAUCUUCAGUCACCACCGGCACAACCAAUACCACUACCAACGCUGCCGCGGCCGCUGACGAAACCGAUUCGGUUAACUCGUCAAUAGCUACACAAGCGCUAACCGAUUUGCAGACACUGUUGUCGGCAGUGAACACCCGUUUCCGUGAACUGGAGACCGCCUGUACACUGAUAUCGCCACCGAAUGCCAGUUUGAUGAACACUAACAGCUCAUUACCAGCUUUGGGUAAUUCAUCGCUAUUAGGUCAGGACCCGCAAUACGAGAAAACCAAUCUCUACUCGGAUAUGAUUAGCGCUUAUCGUUGGUCCGACAAAAUGAUGGAAUAUUCGACAAUUGCCGCAACACUUCUUCAGCAGAAUUCGCUGAGACGAUCGCUAACAUCGUUGUAUAUGAAAAAUCGACCGCAACGGCGGCCGCCAAAUGGCCACAACAUUAAUGCCCAGCAAAUCGAUUUGUUUAUCAAUAAUUUGCAACGAGUAUUACCCGAUCUCGGCAUUGAAGUUGUCCGGCCGUUUGGUGCGCCGACAGUACUGAAGAUAACAAUACCGCGUGUCCUGAAAGCCAUUAUUCUGUUGAGAGGUUUACUCAUCGAAUGGGUUGUUGUCAAAGGUUUUGACGAAUCGUUUGAAGACAGCAACUAUGAUAACAGUUACGCCAAACGAUUGCGACGAUUUCCCGAAUCGACUAGCGGUGGUGCAGUUGUCAAUCUGGAAUUGGAACGGCUGGACAUAUGGUCAGAGUCACGGUAUCGGGUAUUUCGUAAAGUAUCGGAACACGCAAACGCUGCUAUGCUUCACUAUUAUUCGCCCACACAUUGCGAUGUCGCCAUCAAGACAUAUCUGACUUGGCUCAAGAGUUAUGUGAAUUUGUUUUCUGCAGUCUGUUGUAAAUGUAACUGUCAUUUGCAGAACUAUAUGCCGCCGACUUGGAGGGACAUCCGUACGUUCAGUCCAUACCACGAACAGUGUCGACCCUAAACACAGACAGACAGACAGACAGACACACUACAAACCAUUUCUAUAUAUAUUUUUUAAU